AUGAACUACUUCCUCUCGGAAUCCACACCGGGCCUACAACAUAGCCGCCAGCCCCAACAUCCCAGCUCCGACGGCACCCAGCCCGAUCGCCAACUGAUUGCCAGCACCUACGACAAGGACGCACUUGCGCUGGACGCGGCGGAGCUGAGGGACGCAGAGGCGCUGCUGAGCGAGGAGGAAGCGCUGGCGCUGGCGCUAGAAGCGGCGGCGGAGGCGGAGGAGGACGCGCUGGAAGCGCUGCUGCUUGCGGCUUUGGUGGUCGAGCCAGUUGCGGCGCCGGCGGCGGUGCUGGAGCCAGACCCAGAAGCUGAGGAGGUUGCGCUGCCGCUUGAGGUCGAGGUGCAGGUUGCCGAUGCGGGCUGUAGAGUAGAGAACGGGGAGGUUCAGUGA